CCGCCACGCCGUCGAAUUUAUCAAAAGGCAAAAAUCAAACAAGUUUCCAAUUUACUCUUUUUCCUAAAUUACUAAGAAGCCCAUACUAUUAUCCAUCACGUUAGUGUCAUUUUCGUCAAACCAAAAACAUAUUGUCUUUUUUCUCUGUCCUAAACCUUCCGAUUCACCACCAUAUUUCUCUCUGUUCCUAAAAUCACGGCGCCAUCACCGCUACCGUCGAAAGAAAUGCAGUCAACGAGGUCACGCCGCAAAGUGGCGCCAUCCGCCGCAGAUGGCGCCGACUCCGGCGACAAGUUGGAACAACUCCUCCUUUCUUCCGCCAUCUGUAACGGCGAGGACCUCGGUCCUUUCGUCCGCAAAGCCUUUGCUUCUGGUAGGCCUGAAACCCUCCUCCACCACCUCCGUCACUUCGCUCGCUCUAAAGAAUCUGAAAUCGAAGAAGUUUGCAAAGCUCACUACCAAGAUUUCAUCCUCGCCGUCGAUGAUCUUCGAUCUCUUCUCUCCGACGUCGAUUCUCUCAAAUCCUCUCUCUUCGACUCCAACUCGAGGCUCCAAUCCGUCGCUGGUCCUCUCCUUUCUUCCCUUGACUCCUUCGUCGAAGCUCAAAACGUUUCCAAGAACGUGGACUUCGCUUUGCAAUCGGUGACUUCGUGUAUUAAGCUAAUGGAGCUUUGCUCAAGAGCAAAUCAUCAUCUCUCAAACGGCAGUUUCUACAUGGCGUUGAAGUGCUUAGACUGGAUCGAAAACGAGUUCCAAGAUAAAACGCCAUCGUCUACUUUAAAAAGGAUGUUGGAGAGGAAAAUUCCAGAGAUUCGAUUUCAUAUCGAGAGAAAAAUCAGCAAAGAUUUCGGCGAUUGGCUCGUGGAGAUUCGCGUGGUGAGUCGUAAUUUAGGGCAAUUAGCAAUCGGACAAGCCUCGGCUGCUAGGCAACGAGAAGAGGAUCUGAGAAUCAAGCAAAGGGAAGCCGAGGAACAGAGUCGACUCAGCUUGAGAGAUUGCGUUUACGUUUUAGAAGAAGAAGAUGAUGAAGGUGGACUCAGACGAGACGAGAACGACGGUUAUAGUAACGGUAAUAACGGCUUGUUAGGUUUUGAUUUGACUCCUCUUUAUAGAGCAUAUCAUAUUCACCAAACUUUAGGACUCGAAGAUCGAUUUAAGCAGUAUUACUUUGAGAAUAGGAAGCUUCAAUUAACGUCAGAUUUUCAAGUAUCUUCUAUGACACCAUUUCUUGAAUCUCAUCAAACAUUUUUCGCCCAAAUUGCGGGGUUUUUUAUCGUAGAAGAUCGAGUUUUAAGGACAGCAGGGGGUUUGAUUUUGAAAAUGGAAGUUGAGAAUUUGUGGGAGACUGCUGUUAGUAAAAUGUGCUCGGUUUUAGAGGAUCAGUUUUCUAGGAUGCAGACUGCUAAUCACUUGUUACUGAUUAAGGAUUAUGUUAGUUUGUUAGGAGUUACUUUACGCAGGUAUGGCUAUCCUGUUGAUGCAUUGCUUGAUGUUUUGAGUAAGCAUAGGGAUAAGUACCAUGAGUUGUUGUUGUCUGAUUGUCGAAAGCAGAUUGCAGAAGCACUUGCUGCCGAUAAAUUUGAGCAAAUGUUGAUGAAGAAAGAGUAUGAGUACUCGAUGAAUGUGCUGUCAUUCCAGAUACAAACAUCGGAUAUUAUUCCAGCAUUUCCUUAUGUUGCACCAUUUUCAUCUACUGUGCCUGAUUGCUGUCGGAUUGUGAGAUCUUUUAUUGAGGAUUCUGUUAGUUUUAUGUCUUAUGGUGGGCAGUUGGAUUUCUAUGAUGUUGUUAAGAAGUAUUUGGACCGGCUUUUGAGUGAAGUUUUGGAUGGGGCUCUUUUGAAGCUUAUUAGUUCAUCUGUCCAUGGGGUUUCUCAGGCAAUGCAGGUUGCAGCAAAUAUGGCUGUUUUGGAGCGAGCUUGUGAUUUCUUCUUUCGUCAUGCUGCACAGCUUUCAGGCAUUCCUUUGAGAAUGGCUGAAAGGGGUAGGAGGCAGUUUCCUCUUAACAAAGCGCGUGAUGCUGCGGAAGACAUGCUGUCUGGGAUGCUCAAGACGAAGGUUGAUGGUUUCAUGACAUUGAUUGAGAAUGUGAACUGGAUGACUGACGAACCUUCACAGGGUGGUAAUGAAUAUGUGAAUGAGGUUAUAAUAUAUUUGGAAACUCUGGUUUCUACUGCACAACAGAUAUUGCCUCCUCAAGUUCUUAAAAGAGUUUUACAAGAUGUUCUUUCUCACAUAUCAGGGGAGAUUGUUGGAGCUUUACUUGGAGAUUCAGUGAAGAGGUUUAAUGUAAAUGCUAUUAUGGGGAUUGAUGUAGAUAUUCGGUUGUUAGAAUCUUUUGCAGAUAACCUAGCUUCCCUGUUUUCCGAAGGGGAUGCAAAUCAGUUGAAAAAUGCACUUACUGAGUCAAGGCAGUUGAUCAAUUUGCUUUUGAGCAAUCAUCCAGAGAAUUUUCUGAAUCCAGUAAUUAGAGAGAGGAGUUACAAUACCCUGGACUACAGGAAAGUUAUGACAAUUUCAGAGAAGUUAAGGGAUCCUUCAGAUCGGCUAUUUGGAACCUUUGGGAGCAGGGGUGCCAAGCAGAAUCCAAAGAAGAAAUCUUUGGAUGCAUUGAUAAAAAGACUCAAGGAUGUGAGCUGAUUUGGCAAGGAGCUUUAUGUAUGUCUAUUUCUUUUGCCUUUUACCUUUGUUGAUUGCAAUUGCUAUUGUUUCUUAGUAGUUUGUUGCUAAUUUAUUUACUCGAUAGAAGGCACAGCAGUUGGUUUUUUCUGGUUGUAUUAUAUUAAUAGAUGUGUAUUGAAAAUUUUGUUUGUAUGUAUCAUUUGUAUGCAUACCAUCAGUUGUAUUAAAUUCUUUUUGGGCUAUGAGUGACUUUGUUCUUACCAUUUGCGUUAAGACCCUUUGCUAUAUGUCUAUAUGUUAAACCCAAUAUCUGUUACUUGGUUUUUUAGUUUUUUGUGGGUUGGUAUGCCAGCCUAUAGGAUUGGGGCAAUGCUUGAUCUAUUUGUACGAUUCAAAGGACAUGCAGAUUCCGAACUUACACUGAUGUAUUUAUGGGGUACAUACACAUGCAUAUAUGUAUAUGCAUUUAUGUAUGUUUUUGUGUGCAUUCAUUAUGAUUGGGAUAAAUUUAAUUUUUAUUUCAGGGGUUUGCUUCUUUGUUUUACAUUAUAGAUGGUUAGCUGAGUUAUUGAAUAAAUUAGAGAGAAAUGGAAGAUUAUAAUGAUGCUAUCUGUAUUUUUUUUCUGAGUAGAGAUAAUGAUGCUAUCCUUGGUGUUGAGAUGGUAUCUAUAUGGUAUAAAUCAUUACAUCUUAUUUGAAUGUUUUGUUUGCAAUUAAAUGUGGUAUUAUUGCUAAUAAUAUUGUUUGGCAACCAAAAACCUGUUUCACGCUGAGUUUAAUUGGAUAUAAAGGCUAGAUUGAUUAUAGAUGGCUGCAGGAGAGAAAAUAAAAGGGGGGGGGGGGACGAGAAAAUAAAAACACCACCUGAAAUAUGAUAGUUAUAGAGCUCUAUCGGUAUCAUUGUAAUGUACUUGUAAAAAGAAGCUUUCAUGGAAAUAGAGUGAAAUAACAGGAGAAUAUUUUUCAUUUAGUUGUUAAGCUGGCAUAUUUUGGACUGCAAUUAUCGAACAUACUGAUGAUUUAAUGUAUUGAGAACUAUAAUUGCCUGCGUGUCUUCUGCAGCAGAGAUAUUCCUAUGAAACAUGGUUAACAUAUGAAGAGAUGGUAAUCAAUCCAAUCUGCUUCAUCUGUUUUGUUAUUUUUGUUAGUCAACAGAAUUUGAACUCCUGGUAUUCGCUAUCCCUGGAAAGUAGGAUUUCCUGUUUACCUCAGGUGGAGCAUGCUGUUUGUCUGCUGCUCCUUCUCUAGCAUUCUUCUUUUGGAUAGUUAUGAAUUCUAUUACCCAAGGAAAGUGGGAAAUCUUGACAGGCUGCUACAGAUAUAUCAUUGGAGCCCAGAAAAUGAAUUGUACAUAAUCAUGUUGAACAUUGCCACAAGCUUUUGCCUCGUAGAUAUGUGGGAAGCGUUUUCGUCUCUAUGCUGUCCCUUUGGCACCGAUGAAAUGGUUCCAAAUAAUUUGCAGAGUAUAAAAUAUGAAACUGCUUUCUCAUCUUAUGUCACCUUAAAAGAAUCUAAUUGCCGCAAUCUUAUCUUAUGCCGCUUUUCCUGUUUUACGUUUCGAACGAAAAGGGCAACAUUUGAUCUUCUAUACCCACUGAAGUUCAUUCUUUUCUUGUUUAAUCAAACACUAGAUAAUGUUCUUAAACAAGUUUAAUUUUCCACGUCUCUCUGCUUUUGUCUGUUUCCAAUUAAGUGGUUGACUGUCCAAUGAACUAGUAUCUUUGAGGGGUCACCAUCUGCUGAGUAAAUGCAAGUGCGUUUGCAUAGACGCAAGCAAUUAAGCAUGCAUCGGCUUAAAUCAAAUCUGUUAAUGCCUGUUUGUUCAUAUCCAAUUUGUGGAGCAUAUAAUUGAGUUUAGUUGAGGGCUUUAGGCAAACAAUUUACUAAAAUUAGAUUAAGAUUAAGAUUAAGAUUAGGAAAAGUCUCGGAUCCGUACUCUGCACCGGAAAGGAGCACACUGAAAACGUUUAAUGGUGAACACAAUCACCACGUGGCAGCUGAUGUAUCUUUUUUGAUAGAAAGGACAAUUACAUUUAAGAUCUUUUAUUACUAUCCUGACGACAUGGGUGGUCUCAGCUGAGUUUGAUGAGAUUUUGGUGCACUGACUCAACUCCGCCGCAGCCAGCCACAUCUGACUUCUUCGCUCUAAUUCCCAGUUCUCUCAUCGCCAUCACAAAAAAA